CCUUUAUCACUGGCAAUGUAGAGAGGAGUCAUGCCAUCCUGUACAUGUAUCAACAUUAUCGUGAGAAUCCCUAGUGGAGAUUUCUUUGCGAACACGUUAAUCAUGUAUCACUGCUGUUAUUGUACACUCUUGUUGUAGACAGUGUGUGUACCUCAGUCUGUAGUGUGUGUACCUCAGUAUGUAUGUUGACCAGAGCCUGAGCUUCAGUCAAUAGUCUCACCACAUCAACUUUGCCUUCUUGAGCUGC